AAAACUAACAUUAACAUGAAAGGGACAUGGCUUGUAAACAAAACUGCCUUUAAGUUGUUGCUUAAAUGCAAAUACAUCGGUGUCAAUGGAAUCCAAAAUGAACUUCUUUCUAUUGCUCAUACAACAAAAAAAAAGCAUGCCAAGGAACCAUUAAAUAAGCCAGCCAAAAGAAAACUUCCUCAAAGCAAUCAACGUCAACGCCCAAGACUCACACUAUGUCCAGUGCGAAAGUAUAGGGAGAGGGGCUUUAGAAAAUAUUAAUAAUAAUAUUGUGGAAAAAUUCGAAAAAAGAAAAAUUGAAAAUGUUAACGAAUAUUGAAGCAAUUACUGGCUUUAAAACAUGUGAAAAAUAUAGUAUAUCGAGAGGUGGUGGCUAAAAAGCAUGCUAACAAAUUGUUCCACAUGUGUUCAGACUUCAUAUACCCACGGUGAUGAUAGUCAGGCUUGGUUGGUUAAGUGGAAUCGAUAAAUGUUUGAAGUCUUAUAGGCAUUUCAUUGCCGUGGUAUAAAAUUGAUGUACAACAAGCAUUCAGUGGACAUACCUUAAAUAAUUGUUGAAUAGUAAUGAACAGCGGCAUCACAUUCAAAAUCGUAACUUGCGUUAUUUUAGCUCUUCACUCUUCCGGGGAAGCAGUGGGACGUCUGACAAAACGCAAUGGUUACAUAUACAAAUCGUCAUCUUCAUUGGGUAGUCCACAUGCUGGUGGUAGUGCCCUCUUUAUACCCCAAGACCACCAGGCGCAGCACUCAGCACCUGAUCAUGAAAUCUCCUUUCAGGAUGAUGGUACUGGAAGUGGAGUUGGUGGUCCAAUUAACGCUAAAUAUGAUGACAGCUACUAUGAUUAUAAAAUAGCAGGCUCUCCAGCCAGCGGUCCAGCCCCUUCCAAUUAUCACUUGAGCAGUGGUGCAGGAAAGGGUGGUGCUUCCAAACAGAUAAUAAAAGUUUCCUCAGCAAGCAGUGUUCCCUCAGUGUCGUAUCAUUUAACAAGUGAAACAAUUUCAAGUGCUCCCAAAGCUGGUUACGGUAUUGGCAGUGGUUUGCGGUCCAUAGCCCAAGGAUCUGCCCAUCAGGCUUACAGUGCCGUGGCAUCUCAGCAUGCCGCCGCCAAACAAGCAGCAUUUUUGGCCAAAAACUCCCUAGCCCAAGCGGCCACACAAGCAGCUGCUACCGCCCAAGCAGCCUUGGAAGGCAAACAAAUACUUCUUCAUGAACUACAGCAGCAAGCGGGUAUGGCUCAACAAGCUCUUUCACGUGAAUUGGAGCAACUAAAGCUGGCACAAACAACAGCCCAGCUGGCCCAACAAACUGCCCGAGCUGCCCGCAAUCAAAUAUCUGUACUCACGGGGGCCCUUAAUAAUGCCAAAGCGGUUGCGGAUCACGCCGACCAAGCUGCCCAGGAAGUUGCCAAUCAAUUGGCUUCCCAGUCGACAAUGGUGGGUCAGGCUAAAACUCGUCUAGAGCAAGUUGAGGAGCAAUUAAAACAAGCAACCGUUGAUUACGAAGCCACCAAAGAAGCAGCCCUAAAAGCUUCAUCAUCGGCCGCGGAGGCCCAGGUGAAUGCCUCUCAGGCGGCUGCGCAUGCAACCAAAGAACUACACGAUAGCACUCAUCAACAUCCACCAUCUGCCUCGGCAGACGAUUCAUUUGAAGAUGCACAGGCAUUUGUCCAUCAAGUACAUUCGGGUGGUAAACGCAGUCGACAUCCGAGCCAACAUUCGUCUUCCAUUGAUCGAAGUGAAAAUGGUGAAAAGCAAUAGAAAUGUAAUGUUAACUUUUUCAUAUUUUAUAAUGUUAUAUAAUUUUUAAGUUAUAUCAAAAAUAUAAACUAAACUAAACGCAUCCAAAUACUACAGUAAUCCAAAUCAUUUUUAAUUGUAAGAGAAAAAGCAAUAAAAAUAAAUA